CCUGCCUUUUGUUUGUUUUCCUGCCGGAGGCUGGAGAGCGGCCGGGUUCCUGCUGCACUGCCAUGCGCCGCGCGGCCCGGGCCACUCGCCGGACCUCCCGGGCGUCCCCGCACCGAACCCUCGGCCCGUCCUAGCAGGGAUCGCCCGCAUCUCCAGUUCCCGAGCGGGCGGCUGCGCCCCACUCGCCGCCGAGCUGCGCUCACCGCAGGGGCGGGCCCCCGCCUGUGUUCGCGGCGCCAAAUGACUGCUCUUGCGCUGUAACAGCAGCCUCGGGUCAUUACGACAGCCCUCAAGUACCUUGAGGUACACAGCCCUCAAGGCCUGGAUUAUUCCCUGGCCCUUCACAGUGUGCUGCCCACUGCCUUGUUUUAUAUGAAGCCAUUUCUUCUUCAAUGCAUUGUGUUGAUUUGUUCUACGUGAUAGUGAACCCUCUUACACUGAGGUAGAAGACUGAUCUUUGAAAAUAUGUAUUUGGGAGAUAGUCACGUUCUGUUGACUACGUUGUGCUGGUGCUGCCAUCGAAAAAUCUGGUUACACUCUGGGGAGGCCUGCUACCACUGCAGGACUGAACCGCCGCAGCCCUGAGAUGAGCAUCUGGCCUGAGUGUGCACACCAUGAAUAGAUACACAAUGAUCAAGCAGCUUGGGGAUGGGACCUAUGGUUCCGUCCUAUUGGGAAGAAGCAUUGAGUCUGGGGAACUUAUUGCUAUCAAAAAAAUGAAAAGAAAGUUUUAUUCCUGGGAGGAAUGUAUGAACCUUCGGGAGGUCAAGUCAUUAAAGAAGCUCAACCAUGCCAAUGUAGUAAAAUUAAAAGAAGUUAUCAGGGAAAAUGAUCAUCUUUAUUUUAUCUUCGAGUACAUGAAGGAAAAUCUUUACCAGCUUAUUAAAGAAAGGAAUAAAUUAUUUCCUGAGUCGGCUAUCAGGAAUAUCAUGUUUCAGAUCCUGCAAGGACUUGCCUUUAUUCACAAACAUGGCUUCUUCCAUCGGGACUUAAAGCCGGAAAACCUACUCUGCAUGGGACCAGAACUUGUGAAAAUUGCAGACUUUGGGCUGGCCCGAGAAAUCCGAUCCAGACCUCCAUACACGGACUACGUAUCUACCAGAUGGUACAGGGCCCCAGAAGUACUCCUGAGAUCCACCAACUACAGCUCCCCUAUUGAUGUCUGGGCCGUGGGCUGCAUCAUGGCAGAGGUGUACACCCUCAGGCCGCUCUUCCCUGGUGCCAGUGAGAUUGACACGAUAUUCAAAAUUUGCCAAGUCCUGGGGACACCGAAAAAGACUGACUGGCCUGAAGGCUACCAACUUUCAAGUGCUAUGAACUUCCGCUGGCCCCAGUGUGUCCCCAAUAACUUAAAGACCCUGAUCCCAAAUGCCAGCAGCGAAGCGAUUCAGCUCCUGAGAGACAUGCUCCAAUGGGAUCCCAAGAAACGACCAACAGCUAGUCAGGCCCUUCGAUACCCUUACUUCCUUAUUGGGCACCCACGGGGCGGCACCCUACAGAGUGUUCAGGAUCCAGGAAAACCACAGAAAGACCUCUUGGAAAAAGCAGGCCCUGCUCCUCAUAUAAAGCCUGUCCCUCCUGCCCAGCCCCCCACCAAGCCUCACCCACGGAUUUCUUCACGACCACAUCCCUCCAGCCAGGCCCCCCAGCAUCUCACCUACCCCUACAAAGCAGAGGCCUCCAGGACGGAUCACCCGAGCCAUCUUCAGGAGGACAAGCCCAGCCCCUUGCUCUUGCCAUCCCUGCACAACAAGAAUCCUCAGUCGAAACUUCCAGCUGGCCUAGAGCACAAAAAUGGAGAGAUGAAGCCAAAGAGUAGGAGGAGAUGGGGUCUCAUUUCUAGAUCAACGAAAGAUUCUGAUGACUGGGCUGACUUGGACGACUUGGACUUCAGUCCAUCCCUCACCAGGAUUGAUGUGAAAAACAAGAAGAGACAGAGCGAUGACACUCUCUGCAGAUUCGAAAGUGUUUUGGACCUGAAGCCAUCUGAGCCCAUGGGUACAGGAAACAGUGCCCCUACCCAGACUUCGUAUCAGAGGCGAGACACCCCCACCCUGAGAUCAGCCGCCAAGCAGCACUACUUGAAGCACUCUCGAUACUUGCCUGGAAUCAAUAUAAGAAAUGGCAUCCUGCCAAACCCAGGCAAGGACUUCGUUCCAUCAAAUCCAUGGUCUAGUUCUGGUUUGUCCGGAAAGUCUUCAGGGACAGUAUCGGUCAUCAGCAAAAUAAAUUCAGUUGGUUCCAGCUCUACAAGUUCUAGUGGACUGACUGGAAACUACAUCCCUUCCUUUCUGAAAAAAGAAAUUGGUUCUGCUAUGCAGAGGGUACACCUGGCACCUAUCCCAGACCCUGCCCCUGGUUAUUCUUCCCUGAAGGCUGUACGACCUCAUCCUGGACGACCUUUCUUCCACACCCAGCCUAGAAGCACCCCUGGGUUGAUACCACGGCCUCCAGCCGCCCAGCCAGUGCAUGGCCGGACAGACUGGGCUUCCAAGUACGCAUCUCGGCGAUGACCAUCUCAGCAGCGAAGCCCUUCAUGGGGGAAAAUGGGACACUUCCCCUUGGCCAAUGCAUGUUCCACCUGCCAGAGACACACAGCUGGUGUAAAAGCAAACCAACUCUUUAUAGUUACCCUUCUGAACUGAGACAUUUCAAUAUUCUUUUUUAAAGUUUUUUUAAAUAUUGAUUUGGAUGCAAUACGCUUUUUUGUAUAGAAUUAUUUUAUUCUAAAACUGGGUCCCAUUAUUUUCUUAAACAGCAGCGUUUUGUAUAUAUGGGUUAUGUUUUAGCAUUUUAUACAGUCAACUUUGUAAUGAACUUUUUAAAGAUUAAGUGACUUUCCUUUGGGGUUCCAGAUAAUAUUUUAUACAGAUUUUGACAAAUGUAAUAAUAUUGAUGCAGUAUUGCAACAGGGGUGCAGUUUAUGUGAUAAAGGGUUAUUUACUCUGUGUGGAGAUAUUUGGAAAGUAGUUAAAUUUUAAAUGUGGCUCAUUAGGUACUUCAGACUCUCCUGGAUUGACAUUAGAAAAGCAUCCCUCUGCUUUUCUUAAGAUAUCGUUAAUUUGAGUUUUUGAUGCCACUGUGCAGUCUGGAAGGUACCACUAUAUAAUCUACUUUGUUUUAUUUUUAUUUCCCAGAUGAAAGAACUCUAAGUAAAUGUUUUUUUGAAAUUGGUGCAUCACCCUUUAAUAUAGUUUCAGAUACCCAGAUGAAACCAAGCUUCAUCAUGCUAUGCCUUCGUAUUCGAUUUUCUCCCAUUUUUGAAAUCGUAUAAGUACCCAUAAGAGGGAUGCUUCCAUGUCAAAAGAUUCUCAACAUAAAGUUUAACACAGUCCAUUAUGUCCCUGCUAUGACACAUGGCCAAAAGAAACACAAGUUUGAAAGCCACAGAAAAAUUUUUAUUAUAAUAACUGAGAUAGAAAUUUACACUUGGCUCAGUCCUCCAGGCCUGGCUAGAAGCAGCCAAUGAAUAAUCUUCUGUCCCAACUGAAUUCUCAGGACAAUCUGGGGAAGGGAAGGUUUAUGGCAGUCACAGUUACAAGGAUGUUAGUGUCCAUAGCGUGCCACAUCUAACUCCUAACCCUUGUGUAGUUUCUUUCAAGAAUGAGAACUCUAUUGGGCAGAGGCUAUUCAUUGAGAGCAAUGUUUACAGUGAUUUUUGAAAAUGACAAAGCUAGUUUGGAGACAGAAAAACAGGAAAGGUCCACUCUAGUCCAUCUCUGUAUGGCUUAUGUGCCUCCACUCAUGGUUACCUUACAGGCAAGAGGAAUGGUCACCACCAGUGAUCGUGACAUGGUCUCAGCAGUAUAUCAACUCACAGUCUCCCAGGGUUCAAACUACUCUUUUGGGUCCAGGUUCUAGAAUACAGCAAGUUCAACCACAUGAAAUGUACACUUUUUUUUCUUUUUUUUUAUUUAGUAAAUAUAAAUUUUCAAAGUACAGUUAAUGGAUUACAAUGGCUCCCCCCCCCCAUAAUUUCCUUCCCACUCACAUCCCUCCCAUCUCACUUUUUAAAGAUUAAAAAUGUAUAAAUAUAGGCACUUUCCUGUGGUUCAACCUAAUAAGUUGGCAAAUGAUUGCUUUGGUGGGUUAAGAAUACUUAGCAGCCUGAACAAAUUACCAUGGCUUCCAAAGGACUCUAACCUAAAAUCAGGGAGUAAUUUAUACUUUGGAGAAUCCUGCUCAGAAAUAUACUUGACCAAGCACUAUGACCUUUUGGAGCAUGAGAAAAGCACAUAAUGGAUGUGGACUUGAUUUGUAAUUUUGUCCUGUCUACAAGCUGGCAGCAACUCUUCGGAAUGUGUAAAUAUAAGCACAACUUGAAGCUGAAUUCAUUUCUGUAUUCUGUUUUCAACUCGUUAUCUAAAGCAACAGAAAAUGUUUUCAGAGAUGAGUCCUCUACUAUGAGGUUAAUAUUUAUUUUCUCUUUCUGUAUUAUAUAUAAAAAGUAAAUUAAUCUGCAACCUUGCUCAGCUUUCCAGAAAGCUGGUUUGAGAUUGUAUAUACAUACCCCUUAGAGAAGCAAGUGGGUUGUUAAUACUCUUUGUACUCUAGUUUGUGUUAAGAUCAUUCCAAUUUUUUAAAUUGAAAAAAUCUAGUUACCCAGUUAUUGCACACAAUAAAAUUGAUUUUGUAAUCUUUUUGUAGAGCUCAACUUUAAAAUACUACACUUUUUUUUUUACCCUUUUGUUUACUAACAACUUACCUUGAGAAGUCAAACACACGUUCAUGUGAAAGUCACAAAGCUGAUGUACAGUUGAGAAAACUAGGAGACUGUAAAAAAUAAAUCAAUUCUAAAGGACUAGCAACAUCCUAUAAAUUACUCUUUUUUUCCCACAAAAUGAGUAAAGAGGACAAGUUGUAUAUACAACAUAUAUACUGUGGAAGGAAAUAGUGGCCAUUUUUUGUUAAGUGCAAAUAAAAUGCUUAUUUCACAUACUUUUAGUUGCUUUAUAAUUAAUAAAACAUCAUGCAAGACACCAACAGGAAUGAAGAGUUUAACUGUACCUACCAUGAUUAUACCUCAUUACAGUGAGAAAGCUUUCUGGGAUGUAAGGAGAUGGUACAGAGCUGGCUCUCAUUCUGUAGCCAAAGGUUCAGAAACUGGUGUGCUCGGGAGUACAGGUGUGCCUCCCUUAGAGCAAGCCCGGGAGGUGGGGUGAGGGCUGUAUUUUUAUUAAAGCUACUCUUGGCUUGAUUGUUCAUUUUACAGUACAAGUCUAUCAGUUACCAAGACCUCACCCGUUUCAUGCUUGAAAGAUUUUAGUAGGAAUAACAUUAAUUUACAAAUAAUGUCACAUCUCUUGCAUAAAGAACUAUAGACAUUUAAUAAAGUGACACAAUAUGGUUUUCUAAAGUUACCAAAAGUUUAAUACAAUCAAGGCAAUCCACGCCAAACAAAAUAAGAAUUGUUUCCUUUUUUUGACAUAACUACAGGUACUUUGAGUUCAUGGGCAUCAGGUUUUUCUCAUGAAGUAGCUUUUCCCUACCAUUAAGCCAUUUUUUUUUUUUUUUUGGUGCCAUUUAGGACAGGAACAAAAAAGAACGCAGGCUGUCAUCUCAGCUGAACAUAUGACCAAAAGCAAUAUGUUUUUAAGAAAAUGUUUUACAUACUAAUUUUAUAUCAUUUUAAGCAUAUUGUAGCAACCUGUUUGUUUAAUAUAUGUGGUUAAUUUUUAGAGUUAUUUUUACAAUUUGCAACCAAAUGUACUGUACUUUUAUGUAUUUAUUGUAAAGAUUUUCUCAUGGGAACCAUUUAAAAAGACAAACUGGAGGUAUUAUCGGUAUUAUUGGUUUCUUAUAGACAUUAUGCUAAUGUGAAUUGAAAAUGACCUGAAAAACUCUUCUGAUCUCAGAUAUCUCAGAACAGAUAGCAGUUGAGUCACCAGAUUUGAGUACAAUGGAGUAACAAUAUUUUCAUUUAUAGAGCAAAUAUUCAUAAUAAUGAGAAGAUAGAACAGAAAACCACUUAAGACUUCAGAAAUCAAUGCUUUUUGAAUAGUUUGUCUUAAGGUGUUUAAAAAUGUUAACUCUAUGUAAGGAAAAUUCUCCUGCUCCAAAUAAAAUUACACUUUACCAAAAACUGA